GAGGUCAACCAGGAGGUGUACAACUUCCUUGCAACUUCUGCAGCCAAAUAUGGAGUCGGCUUCUGGAAACCAGGCUCAGGCAUCAUCCAUCAGAUCAUCCUGGAGAACUAUGCCUAUCCUGGAGUGAUGCUGAUUGGCACAGACUCCCACACCCCCAAUGGCGGUGGCCUGGGGGCCAUCUGUAUUGGAGUGGGUGGAGCUGAUGCUGUGGAUGUCAUGGCUGGAAUCCCCUGGGAGCUCAAGUGUCCCAAUGUGAUUGGAGUGAAGCUGACAGGAACCCUCUCAGGCUGGACCUCUCCAAAGGACGUCAUUCUGAAGGUUGCUGGAAUCCUGACUGUGAAGGGCGGCACUGGAGCCAUUGUGGAGUAUCAUGGUCCUGGAGUCGACUCUAUCUCCUGCACUGGAAUGGCGACAAUCUGUAACAUGGGCGCUGAGAUUGGAGCCACCACGUCUGUUUUUCCCUACAACCACCGCAUGAGGACAUACAUGGAGAAAACCGGCCGUGGAGACAUCGCCUCUGUGUCUGAUCAGUUCCAGGAAGACCUGGUCCCAGAUAAGGGCUGUGAAUACGACCAGGUCAUUGAGAUCAACCUGAGUGAGUUGAAGCCCCAUAUCAACGGACCAUUCACCCCUGACCUAGCCCACCCUGUGUCUGAGAUCGGGGCCAUAGCUAAGAAGAGCGGCUGGCCUCUGGAGGUUAAAGUUGGUCUGAUCGGCAGCUGCACCAACUCAAGCUACGAGGACAUGGGCCGAGCGGCGUCUCUGGCCAAGCAGGCUCUGGAUAAAGGUCUGAAGUGCAAGGCCCAGUUCACUGUCACACCCGGUUCUGAGCAGAUCCGCGCCACCAUUGAGAGGGAUGGAUAUUCCAAGAUCCUGAAUGAUGUUGGCGGAAUCGUGUUGGCCAAUGCUUGUGGACCCUGCAUUGGACAGUGGGACAGGCAGGACGUGAAAAAAGGAGAGAAGAAUACUAUCGUCACAUCCUUCAACAGGAAUUUCACUGCCAGGAAUGAUGCUAACCCGGCUACUCACGCUUUUGUCACCUCUCCUGAGAUUGUCACCGCGAUGGCCCUCGCUGGAACCCUCAACUUCAACCCUGAGACCGACUACCUGACCAGCCCAACCGGAGAGAAAUUCAAGCUGGAACCUCCCACUGGUGACGAGCUCCCCUCCAGAGAUUUCGACCCGGGCCAGGACACCUACCAGCACCCUCCAGCUGAGGGCGGCUCAGUCAAGGUGGACGUGAGCCCCUCCAGCAACCGUCUGCAGCUUCUGGAGCCCUUUGACAAGUGGCAUGGAAAAGACCUGGAGGACAUGAGUGUCCUCAUCAAGGUGAAGGGAAAGUGCACCACUGACCACAUCAGUGCCGCCGGCCCCUGGCUGAAAUUCCGUGGUCAUCUGGACAACAUCUCUAACAAUAUGCUGAUUGGAGCCGUCAACAUUGAUAACGAUGCCGUCAACAAGGUCAAGAACCAGCUGACAGGAGAGUUCGGAGGUGUGCCGGAUGUGGCCCGCCACUACAAGGCCAGUGGAGUGAACUGGGUGGUGGUUGGAGACGAGAACUAUGGUGAAGGGUCCAGCCGAGAACAUGCUGCCCUGGAGCCACGGCACCUUGGAGGACGCGCCAUCAUCGUCAAGAGCUUCGCCAGAAUCCACGAGACCAACCUGAAGAAGCAGGGCCUGCUUCCUCUCACUUUUGCCGAGCCCAACGACUACGACAAAAUUCGCCCCAACGACAAGAUUUCAAUCUCUGGCCUGAAAUCCUUGUCCCCCGGCAAGCCCCUGACAGCAGUGAUCAAGCACGCCGAUGGCAGCCAGGAGUCCAUCUCUCUAAACCACACCUUCAAUGAGACGCAGAUCGAGUGGUUCAAAGCUGGCUCUGCCCUCAACAGGAUGAAGGAGCUCCAGUAGUUGGUUGGAGAGGACGAAGGAGGGGCCUUGGUGUUGGUUAAAAAAGGGAGGAGCAAAAUAGAGAGGGGCUACGCAAAGAACGAGAGACAGUUUUAACGGUAGAUGGUAACCAGGCUGGAUGUGGGGACAGCUCCAGUCACGCAUACACACACAGACCACACACACACACACACACACACACACCACACACACACACACACACACACACACAGCACACACACACACACAGACCACAGACACACAAGGUCGCUGUACAGAUGAAAAGCGCACACAGACAUACACACACAAGCACAUACAUGCACAGACAGAUUACUGUGAACGAAAGCGACAGGCAGACUUAAACGGAAGCGUAGCAGUGCAUCACGUACGAGCAGCACUCCUCAGUGUAAAUUGAGAUUUGUGAAGCUUAUUUGUUAAUUUAGCAUCGAGUCGACCAUUUCAUUCACAGAUGCUCAUCCACUGUGUUACUGUGUUUGACUUAUUUAUUUCUGUAAAGAGGAAGUUGUUCCAUGUCCCCCCCCCCCGCAGAAACUGGCUUGUUGGAAGCUUUAACAUGAAUAAUCAGAUUUAGUAUAUACUGUAUACUCUAUGUGAUGAGCGUAUUGAGCAUUAUACAAACCUGAUUCACACAGACUCCUUUUAACAUGUAUCCAUCCCAACAGCUCAAUAAGCUGAGUCCUCUCACUCACACGAAUGUACUUAAACAAGUGUUUCUCAGUCAUCGUGGAUUUAAGCCAAACUGUUAAACUCACUUUUAUUUACUGUAAGUCUCCACCCAACGACUGCAGCCCACCCUGCUCUCACUCAGUUUGAGAUGUUGGGUAUUCACUCUACCUUAUUUACACUUCUUCAUUUGUCAUCAGUCAACAUGUGAAUCUGUGUGCACCCGCUGCUGCUCUUCUCAUGCUCGGCCCUCUGUCUUAUAGCUUGAUUUAACACCCUGUUGUGUGAAAACAUUUCUGUGUCGUCUCUCUCAGACUAGGACAACAAAUCAGAGCACAUGCUGCUGUUGCGUUCGCACUUAUACUGCCAUUUCUUUCUUUCCAUCUGUUAUUUGUCUUGUGUGUGUCUGUGUGUGUCUUUGCCCUUGCCACCUCUCUUUUUGGAUUCACCAGCCCGGCUCAUGCAAUCCAAAUCACCACCUGAUAUCUGGUUUAACAGGCUGUAAUCAAGUUUGUUUUACUGUAAAGAAGCACGGGCAAGAUUUUAUGUAAAUUCUGGUGUAUAGACACACGGAAUCCUGUUUGCCAGUAGCUAAAAAUCACCUCUAGUCCAGAGAAACCUCUACACUUCUGUAGUAGAUGUUUGGUCUUUUCCCCGGAGCCUCACGGAUCAGUUGGUCCUCCAGCUCAGAUGUUUUGCCGAUCGUACAUUAUGUCCGUUUGGUUUCUCUGUGCUAAAUUCCCAGUUUUUCGGUUUGUCCUCACAUCAUCAUUCAGUGUCAAAUUGUCUCGUGUGUCUGUGGUGGGAGGAGACAGUCUGUCAGUUUGUCUCUGAGCGGAAUGUUCUGUCAGGUUGAGGUUUGGUCCUCCGCAGUACGAGAAGGCCUGCAGUCCUCUUACACAAAGUAACGCACAAUCUAGUGUUCAGUCGCCUGUACACUAGCACUUUGUAGAGUUAGUGAUGUCGUUUUUAGAUGUGCUUUGCUAUGUGUGGUUUUCCUCUUCAGCGUACUUCUGUUGUGUGUUACUCCAGGGGAAUGACAUACAGCUUGUGAAGUUCAUUAUUCGUACACGAGUUUUCAGACAGUAGAAAGAUCCAGACUUGUGAUCAUUCUUAUAUAGAAACCAGAGUCUUGCCAUGAUGCAUACUUAGUGAGAUUAUAUAUUUUCUUAGGGAUAUUUGACGUCUUUGCUGAUAUGAUUUAUUUGGGAUUACUGCUUGUCCUGUGGGUGUAGUCGUCCUCAUCAGUGGACAUGUUCUGAAACCAUUUUUCCCUUCCUGAUACUGGACCGAGCUGUCGUUGUUGUAUGACCUAUUGCUAGUGUUGUUAUUGGCAACACUGGUCUCCCGACUUAUUGUUCUGCUGUGUUGCAGCAGUAAAGAGAACAGUUAAACAAAGACAUUCAAUGGCGGUACAGCACAACUGCUGUGUUAGAGUAGUGGAAAAAGAAAAUUGCAGUUUUAUCUGGUUUAAAAUGACAGACCUGGUAUUUGGAAGUAUCUGAGGGGUUAUCUACACUGGUGUCAGAUUGUCUCUAGAGUCUAAAUCUGUCACUUCUUGUAAAAGUAAAAUCUUUUGGGAUUGAUACAGUUCCUGAGGUGAAUCCCUAUGUACUAAAGAAUCACUAGGUUUGUGAUAUAUAGCUGACCUUUGUAUAGAGAUGUGUACAUAAAUAAUUAACAGUUAUUAGCAAAUAGAACAAAUAACAUGCUGUAUGAUGCCUCUGUUUGUGACCUCUUGUAGUGUCAUUUAUGUAAACAUGUGAUGAUAAAGAGUCGCCCCUGUGCUGUUUAUUAAACAGGAUCAACAUUAACCUAACGUUUCCUCAGAUCAGCUGACUUGUGGAUUGUGUGUUGAAUGAAAGCACAAACGUUGGAUUGUAGCUGUUGAUUGCUGCUGGGCUCUGACAGUGAAAAGGGACUUGUAAUUUUUCUGAAGAUGAAAAGGUUUUCAACUUUAAGGACAUUUAUGGACAUAAGUGACUCCUUAUAAAGUCCGCUGUAAAUGAACUUCACUGCUCAACACUUCGGAAUCAUCACAAAACCUAUUUCAUGCCCUCACUAAGCUCGUACACACUCCUAAUCAGUGUAUCGUAUAUGCUGCCAAAGAUGCCUAAUGAAAAUGUUACGACAUAAUGGUAACCCAUGAGUUAUUUUUGAAAAAUCACUCAUUUUCAUGUCACAUUUCAAAAAUAUCACCAUCUCCAUAAUAAGUUGAUUGUGUAUCAGGUGUUGUUACCUAACAAAAUACUGAAUCCUGUACAGCGCUACUGUAAACUGUCGAGUCAAGUAAUGUUGUUGAUGAAGGCGUUACGUUGUGCUCAGGUGUGCUCUGUCGGGUCAGGCGUCGUCUGAUUUCUUUGAUUGUUUUAAAAUCAACUCUUUCACAUUCAACAGUGAUUCCCUCUCACACUCCUGUUUCAUCUAACUUGAUUUUUGUAAAAGUAGAUGGUUCAGAAUGCCUGCAGUUUUGUAGCUUGCAAGAUUGAGAAUAUAAUAUAAAUGGAAAAUUAAUAAAGAUGAAAUUCUGAAGUGAA